AAGGAUUAUUGUUACCCUCGAUCUCAGUAACCACAAGAUACUAAGUCAAACCCAAUAUACCAUUAAAUUCCUCGUUAUGCUCUCUAUAAAACCUGAUAGAUCACUUUUUAGUUCGCGUUACUUUUGAGCUCGGAUAGGGUCCUUUCUUUUACUUUUAACAAUGAAGACUGAUCAUUUUUUAUAUUUAGAAUUUACAAGAUGAAAAAUCUCCAUUGUACUUGUUUGUUGAUAGUCAAAAGGAGUUUAUUGAUAAAAAAAUUGAUCUUGUAGUUAGUCUAACAGCUCUAUCUAAAUGGUAUGAUCAAAAUGAAAAAGAUCGAAAUGAAUUAGUUCCAGAGAAAGCAGAAAAGACUGGCCGUGCAGGAGCUGGUAGUAUAGAUCGGUCAGCGAAUGAGGCAACGAGUCCAGCUAGAGGAAAACAGCGGCCAGGCGCAAAACAAGAAGAGCAGUUACCACCACAAACGCCCACUCAACAGCAAGCAGAUACUCUAGCAGAUAGCCAAAAAGACUCUGCGCCUCCUCAACCAGGAUCAUUAAUAGCCGAAGUCUAUUCAUGGAAAUCUUUAUCGAUGGGUCAACCGAUUCUACGAAUACACACAACAGCGACAAAAGCAGCGCUUCUAACGUUACCGCCAGGACGUCAUGUGUUAAAGUUUACUGUGACAUCUCCAUUGGCAUACCACUUACAGAUAAUGUCUGAUAAUGAAUUUACCUUUGGAGAUGAAGAUCCUCUAUUAGCCAAAUUAGUCUCUGUCCCAGAAAAUGCCAUAUUUAUUCAAUCUGCUGAACAACUGUUUCAUACACUUGAUGAUGCUGUACAAAAUUUUUCAAAUUCAGAUAAACAAGAAGAUAAACUAUUAGAAUUAUUUCGAACAUAUUGCUCAGAAAAUAUUGAUGAACAGAAAAUAACAGUACAACAAUGUAGUCAUGCGUUCAAAGAAGCAUUAUAUAUGACACUACGAACAUUGCUCAGUGGGCAAAUAACAUCUGAUGUACAAUUUGCAUGGAGAUGUUUCACAAACGAUUUGACUACACCUGAUAUACUAGGAGCACACGAAAUGAAAAGACCAAGUACUGCUAGUACAAGUCGUAAUUCUGCUCGUGCUACAGUAGCUGGAGGAAAAAAAGGCAAAGACGGAAAGGAGAAAUCGGAAGAAAAGGUGUCGACAAAAACAGCUCAGCCGCCUGCUACAACCGUUCCAGAGCCACAAGAAGAAACUGGAGAUGCUUGGCUAAACAGGGAUCUAAAUGAUAAUGAACUAGAGGCUGUUGUUAAUAUUCAAAAGACUGCUCGUGGAUUUUUACAUCGACGUGUCAUGCAAGCUCGAUUACCUGGUCAUGAAAAAAAUAUUGCGGCACAGAAAAUAUUAAGCAAUUCGAUGGCAAUAUUAAAAGGUGAUCAAACAAAAUCUGCACUAAUACUAUUCAAAAAUUUAAUAUCGAUUAAAUCUCAACUAAUAAAAAGUUUUCCGUUUCAUUCGGAUGAUUGGAAUAUGAUAUCCUAUAAAGACUACAAUGGUCAAUAUCUGGAACAACCCCCUAAUACUUGGUUUGCUUUAUUUCGUGAAAUCUUUUAUGUAAGUGAAGAUGGUCUUUUAGUGGCUAAAUUAUUAGCUCAUAUUCAAAAUUCGGUGAUGCGUGUAAUUAAUAAUGAUACGUAUGAAGAAAUGCCAAUGGUAUUCAAUCGGCUCGCGCCAACAACUUAUACAAAAAACAAAUUAGGCUACACGUUUUUUGCUGAAGCUCAAUCAUUUGAAUCAUUCGUUCCAUCUGGACGUUUUCGAUUACGAUUAUUGUCGUCAUAUACAAAAUUACCUGAACCAUCUCGACCAGAUUUAAUAACAUCAACAUUCGUUACUAAAGAAAUCAAAGAUUAUUUUAUCCCUAAUAAACAAAAUAUUAUUUGCAGAUAUCGCGUUAAUGUAUCCGAUGAUCUAGCAAAUAGUGGCAGAAAUUUUCAUUUGGCUAGUAUUCAAUUUAGUGCAUCCAAACCGGAUGUAUUAAUUCGAUUAUCAAUAUUGAAUAACAACGAAGAAAUGGUCACCGCCGAAGGAAAAGGACAUGUCGUUUUGCCAGCAUUUCUAUUCAUGCGAGAUGUAACAAUUGCACUACCUGAAAAAAAGGAAACAUCAAGACCAAAUUCAAAAACGGCUUCAGCAGUCAAAAAAGAUGGUGGAAAAGCGGCGAGUGCAAAAGGUGAUGCAACAACAACGAAUAAAGGAGAAAGUGCGAAACAAAAAGACAGCACAAAAAGAAAUUCACCUGCUGAAGCAAGAAGUACACCUCAAGUUUUUGGUGAGAGUGAAACGGAAGUCGGUGAAAAUGAACGAAACAUUGCAUAG